UCAUGCCUUACCGCAGUGCACCGAAUUUGAAAAUAAAACUUUUCCUAUCUGAGUUAGCCAGCUAGCUAGCUGCUUAAGUCCUGUUAGCUUUUAAUAUUGCAGCAGUGUAAAUUAGCCAUUUAGCCACGUUAUGCCAUUAUGAAGAAGGUUGUUAGCAGUAUAUAUGCUGUAGGAUUAAUUAUUAUUUCCAUCUCACGCGCUGAAGGAAACAGAGGAUAUUCCUAUGCAGACUGCACCUACGUGAAGCCAGACUACGCCUCCAUCUACUACGGGGGUCGGUGCUUCUGCUACACCAGUCCCGCAAUCAAAUGGAAAGACUACUGGUCCACUUUCCAGGUCCAAGUGUCGAGCCACGAGGACGUCGUGAUCGUGUACCCGAUGGAACCCAGAAACUGCCACGACUCUGAGAACCUUCUGAAGCUCGGCACGUGUCUGAUGGAACACUACUGGCUCUCGAGUGUUCAGAAGGAGAGCACUGUGGACCUCCCGCUGGUUGAGGAGGAGGUGUUCUUCAUGGCCAGGUCUCCCAGAGCCAGCACCGAGUACACACUCUACGUCUCCAAACAAAGGUUUAACAGGAUGCGGUUUUUCCUCUUUGUCUCCGGACUCGUGCUCUUCUUCUUUGCGGGAGUCAUAUGCAGGAGCUUGCUAUUUUUCUACAUCUCUGGGGUUUCACUGGGAGUGGUCUCCAUUUUAGUUUUCCUGCUUCUGGCCCUGAAAAACGUCGUACCGACGCGAGGACUCUUCCUGCUGCUGUUCGCUGCCGGCUCCGGUCUCUCGUACCUGGGCAUCCAGAAGCUGAUAAACGAGCGGGAUGAGAUGAUGACGCUGUACUGGAGAGAGCUGCUCGGUUACCUGCUGGUGUCAGGCUUUGUGAGUUUGGCAGUGUGUUACCGCCUCGGCCCCGUCACUAGCAGGCGCACGCUGAACGCAGCGACGUGGACUCUGCAGGCUGUAGGCGUGGUGCUGGCAUGUCACGGUGUCACCUACGCUCCCGUGUCCUGGAUACUGCUGGCUGUGCUGCUGGGGCUUAAGAUCCUGCCUCUGCUGUUCACCCUCUUCCUGGCCAUCUGGAGACAAACGUGUUGGCUGCUGUCGAUGUCCCUGGGUCUGUUCCAGAGGAGGAGAUCACCUAACUGCAGGCUGCUGACGGAGGAGGAGUAUCGGGAGCAGGCGGAGAGACACACCAGAGCCUCUCUGGAGGAAUUGAGGAGGCACUGCAGCAACCCUGGCUUUCCCGCAUGGGACACGGUGCUGAGACUCCGUGCCCCACAGAGGUUUGCCGAGUUCCUGCGUAGCGGAGCCCACAUCACGCCGUCAGAGCUGCAGAGCCACGAGCAACACAACAUCUUCGGAGCAGAGUACGGCGAAAAAUCACUUCUGGACUCGACGCACACCACAGCUACAUCAGAGGACUUCAGCGACGACGAGAUCAACACGAACACACACCAAUCUCCGAACCUGAGCCCCUUCUGUUCUCUUCCUGAUGUUCCUACUCUGCCCAUUCCUCCCACCUACACAGCCUCUAUCUGCCCCUACCCCCCCACGCCCUACACCCCAGUACCCGAGCGCCUGCUCACAGACGACGACGAGCCCUUCUGACCCGUCCAGCUCUGACUCUCACUCGCCUGAUCACGUGUAUAAAAAAAAAAAAAAAGAAGAAAAAUGGGUUUUUAAAGGGUUUUUCCUCUGCUUUUAUUUUUAAAUAAUUUAAACUGGAAGAUUGUUUGUAUUUGUUAUUUUAACUUCGAACACUUGUAAAUAACGACGCCACGUCCAACCUCCAAGGGCUUUUAAUUAUGAUUCAGGGAAACACUGCCCUCUAGUGUCUGUGUUACAUAAUCACAACACACACAGGAAGCUGGAUUUAUUCUCAUUUUGCUGUGGCAUGGUCAUGUGAUAUUUUUUAUUUUUAAAAAAGAUUUUAUGAGUAGAUCAUUUUACAGUAAUGUAUCACUGUCUAGUUUUAUGCCUUCUUUAAUAAAGAACAAUGACACUGUA